AUGGGGGACAACCAUUUCUCAAGGUUGUUAGAUAUCUUGAGUGGUAGUGUGGGAGACUACAUGGUUGAAGAAUAUGGAGGAAACCAUCAUCUGCAGGUGUUUGCAGGUAAUCAAAUGAUCAGGAAGCUGCAACAGUCAGACAGGGAAGAUUCAGCUGGCGUCUUUGUGGAACGUAGGAUACUUCCUAGCAACUUCUUCAUUAUGCUUAAUGAUAGAGAGGGAGCGAGCUCAACACUGUUGCACGCGAUAGUUGAACUCUCAGGAAGAUAUGGAGGAGCCAAAGGAAGUUUUAAUGUUCGGAAGCCAUUUGUCGAGAGGAGAACCGAGACGAGCAUAUCACAACUAUGGGUUACACGGAAGCAUGACGAUGGCAACGUUGCAACGUUGGAAGCCGGUUGGAUGGUGUAUGCUGAUCUGUUUGGAGACAACAGUGUGCGGUUUUUUUGCUUCACUACGCCAGAUAAUUACGCAUCGCAUCUUUAUAAUGCCCAUCUAAGAGGACCGGAGCAAAACAAUAUAGUCUUCACUCAAGUGAGCGAGAGAUUUUUCCCAGGUGGUGUGUUCAGGGCUACCUCCGAUUAUGAUGGGCGGCAAAGAGAAGUUGACCUCAAUAUAAAAAAGGAUCUUGAGACUGGGAACUGGCAUAUUUUAUUCAAUGGUGAAACGAUGGGAUUUUGGCUGAGAACAAACUACCAUCCGGAUUUCGACUUGGGGGACGAGAUUCAAUGGGGAGGAGAGAUUGUUAACAAGCGCACCAAGGGAAGGCACACCAGCACGCAGAUGGGGAACGGCCAUUUUGGAUGGAAAGGGUUGGGAAAGGCUGCUUUCAUCAGACACAUGGAGGUGUAUGACCACGACCUCAACCCCUCCGACGCCGCUUACCCUCUUACUCUUUACACCACCGACUCUUUCUGCUAUGAUAUCAAUGACUGGGGGAGAACACCCAUGGGACGUAUGAUCACCUUCGGUGGACCUGGUUAUAAUGCCUUCCUUUGUUCUUGA